UGUCAUAACAGUCCCCGCCUCACUAUUAUUUUUAUUUACUUUUCCGAUUUUCUAACCUAAAUUAAUAAAUUAACUAGAGAAACAACGAACGAACGACUAGAUAAUGUUUUUAACGAUAUUUAACUUUAUUUACAAUAGUUUUUCUUACGUUAUAAGUGCAGUUUGUUUCAUAAUUUCGAUGUUACAUACAGUUCUGCCUAUGGGAAUAGACGUCGGAUUAUUGGGCGUUGGUGCUUAUUUUCUGACGAGGUUGAGAAGGCCGGAUCCCCGCAAUGUGAAGAAUAUAUUCGGCCCUCUGCCGGGUAGCAAGGAGUGCGGCUCACAUCCUGAGAAAAUGGUUCGUUGUAUAGCACACAGGGGCGCGGGUCUCGAUGCGCCAGAGAACACUCUAGCAGCGUUCAAAUACUGUGUAGAACAAGACGUAAAAUUCAUAGAGUUGGAUGUGAGGACGUCGAAGGACGGCAAGUUGGUGUUGUUGCACGACCAGGGACUCGAGCGGUUGGCUGGUGCCAGCAUAUCCAACGUGCACAUUAUGGACUGGGACAGCAUCAAGGAUAUAGACGUUGGCGCCAAACAUCCUAAUAGACAAAAGUUUAAAGAAGUGCAUCUGUGUUUAUUGGAUGACGCGUUGGAAUAUCUUCUCGAGAAUGACGUUAAAAUGAUCAUUGAUGUCAAAGGGGAGGACAAACAGGAGGUGAUAGAUGGCAUUUUGAAGACGUUCCUGGCGCGACCGAGACUGUAUGAGACAGCUGUGGUCACAUGUUUCAACCCUUUCGUGCUGUACCAAAUCCGCAAGAAGGACCCUCGUAUAGUGGGCGCGAUAAGCUACCGUCCUUACGCGUUCAGUGCGCAGGACUACGACGCUGAGAACGGACCCAGUAAUCCCAGGUACGGUGACAACCUGCCUGCGCACGCGUUGCUGCGCGCGGCGGACUUCCUGCACUCGCACGUGUGGCGCUGGACGGCGCGCUGGUGCGGCGUCAGCGCUGUGCUGCUGCACAAGGACAUCGUGAGCCCGAGUGAAGUCCAGUACUGGCGGGAUAUCGGCGUGCGAUGCGCCGGCUGGUGCGUCAACAGGCCCUUAGAAAAGUUAUAUUGGCGAGGAGUACUGAAGGCUCCCUACUUGGCCAACACUCUACUAGGAGAACCAGAGGUCGACCAGCCAGCGACGACAAGAGAGGAGGAGACGAUAACAGACGUGGAUUAACAGGUGUGUACAGCUGCGCAUCCACUUGAGCGGAGUUGAGCGCCAUCGGAGCGGAGACAGGACUUGCGUUGUCAUGGCAACGUCUGGCGAGAAUUUGCCGUCUAACGCAUUAGGAAAAUAAAAAUACAAAGGAAAUCAAAGAAAGGAAAUUCUCAGGUCUCUCACCUAGUGGUUAAUGCGAGGGAAAACUACAAUAAAUACGUCAAAAAAUACAUAGAAAUUCUGAUGCUCCGAUUCCGCCAGUGGACAUGCAGCUUUAACUCCGUGGAAAAUAUGUGUUUACCUCGUAAUAAUGCUAAAUAUGAUACUUGCCGAUUUAUUAACUAGGUACUUUUGUGCUUCAAUUUUGACAGAUGUCAAAAUUUUGAAAGUUUUGACAGUCACGUUGCCGCCAUUUGUCCUGUGUUACCAUAUGCUGUCCACAAAUUAUUGCUUUUUAUGAACUUAAAACUUGUUUUAAAUUUAGAACGUCACUUUAGAAAUAUUAAGCAUAAGUAAUUAUGUAUUCUUACGCAAUAAAACAAUGUGUAUAGAUAAAAAUAAUCUAUACAUUAAUAUUAAAAAAUGGGGACAAGGAAAAGUUCUCCCAAAGUAUUCGCUAAAGAUGGUAGAAUAAAAAAAAAAGAUUAGUGGUCAAUGUAAUUAAAAGAUUUAUGCUGUUACAUUUAAAAUACCUACUAUGAGAGUAAAUAAUUGUAAAGGCGUCCCGACUUACUAUAAUCUCUUUGAAAAUUAAAACCCUCUGGGAAUAAAUGUUUUGAGGCAUAAGAAAUUGUCCUAUGGGGGUAAGAAAUACUGAUUUGGUAUCGUCGAGAUGAGGAAAAAAGCGAAACAUAAAUAAAAAAAAAGUGAAAAAUCAUAACAAAAGUAGAUAAAGUCUGUGUAGUAAUUGAUACUUUUUUGAAGUUUUCUGCCUACUAAUAACUAAAUGACCACGGUUCUGAACCAUGAGCCAUGUCAGAGGCCUUUAGCGACUCAAUAAUAACCCUGAUACCAGGGUUGCUGAGGUUGGUCAUCCACCUCACAACCCACACGAUAGAAGACUGUUGCAACGAAAUUUUAAAUAGGACGAGUUUCUCCUGACGAAUGCUAUCCAAUUACCCUACAACACAGAUCAAAAUACACUGUCGAUUCCUACUAGACAGGCUUCCCAUGUAGAAAAAGAAAAGCAAAAAAAUAUACCUGGUGUUAGUGACGUCGUACAAAAUUCCACUUGAUAUUAAUUCAGAAUCAUGGUCUGAAUCAUACCUCAGUUUUAGUUACGAUGUCACACAACAUCCUGUAUAUGUGCAAAAUAAGAUUGAAACACCUAGAGAAGAUGUUUCUUUUUUUCAUGAAUGGAUUUAAAUUGAUAAACCAAAAUAAUAUUUUCUUUUUUAUAUGAAUUUUCGAAUGAACAAAUUUUUAGUAAUUAAUAACUACAAUUAGUCAAAUAGUGUAUAAUUGAGUAUAGUUAAGACUGUACUUUGAGGCUGCUCGGUAAUUUAUUAGGUAUAUAGAAACAAACCAUAUAAUAAUGCAUAUUCAGAAUAUAAUUUAUUGCAGAUUUUUAAGAUUUGACGUUCUGUUUUAUUCAUCAGACGUUAAUUUUGACCCCACUCUAUUCUGACGUCAGACUCAAGGUCAACUUAGACUCAAUUUUGACCCCACUCUAUUCUGACGUCAGACUUAAGUUGGACCUUACACUUAAUUCUGACCCCACUCUAUUCUGACGUCAGACUCAAGUUCGCCCUAGACUCAAUUUUGACCCCACUCUAUUCUGACGUCAGACUUAAGUUGGACCUUACACUCAAUUCUGACCCCACUCUAUUCUGACGUCAGACUCAAGUUCGCCCUUGACUCAAUUUUAACCCCACUCUAUUCUGACGUCAGACUCAAGUUGAACCUUAGACUCAAUUUUAACCCCACUCUAUUCUGACGUCAGACUCAAGUUCGACCUUAGACUCAAUUUUGACCCCACUCUAUUUUGACGUCAGAAGUUUAUUCAAAUAGACGUGAAUUAAGACGGGAUUCUCUACUUAGAUAAACUGUUUUUAAUUAUUAUAAUAAAUCUUUUUUUCUAACAGAAACAGUGCAACUUACAUAAAAAUUAAAUUACUUACCUACUUAUAAUGGUUUGUUUCUAACAUACAAAGAUAUAUUUCUAUAUAAGUCCAAGCUAGCUUUUAAUCUGCGUACCAAAUACAAUUGUGGCAAUAAAAUAGUACUAAAUAUAUUUAAUAAUACCUACAUAUCAUUGAGUAAGCGCCUGGUGAUUGGUUUAAAGUGAAGCGUCGCCUGGGAAGCGCAUUUUAUAUGAAUCAUAAUCUGAAGUGAUUUUCAAGGGUAGUUUCGGACACCAAUGGUCAUAAAUCUGUAGUGCAUGUGGGAUAUUCGCCACUGCGCAACUGCGCCUGGUGCGCCACGUACGGGACAGCCCCUACUUUGCUCUCUGUUCGAUUGGGGACAAGAGCCCCUAUCAAAUGCAUAAUAAGUUUUUAAUACAGUGAGUCAAUGGUUACUUGGAUUUAAUUUAUUUAUAACUCAAAUAUAUCUUUUUUCAAAGAAUUUGUCUUCAGUUAGAACUUACGUAAGUUAGCUACAUAAAUAAGUCCUAACUGGAUAUUUGCAAAAGGACAAAAGAUUCUAGCGUUCACGGUAAUGAAGAAUCCACUCACAUCAGAAUGUGAAAAAUGAUGAUUAUGAUAUAUUUAUGGUAUUAAUGAUGAUGUUUCAUCAGUGUGUCAAGGUUUUGUUUCAAGAAAACUAUUUCAUUUUGAGUAAAAAAAUUAACAAGAUUUUUUUACCUGAAUUGAAGUUGCAUAUCUACGAGUUGCAAAACUCACAUCAGAAAGUGAUUUAUAUAAAUGCGCUUUAGGUUUUCACGACGAUAAAUUCAUCACUAAAUAGUACAAUUUUUAAAAAUAUAUUUAAAUGACUGGUGCAUAUUAUUAUAUAUUUAAGAAAAGUUUUGAUAAAGCUAUUAAAUGCAUUAGUCUCGGUUACUACUUACUGAUAAGUACGUAGUCGUUACAGGAGCCAAGUCAGCCUUUGGCGGCUUAGUAAUAAUGCUGACACCAGGGUUGCUGAGGUUCGUAAUCCACACGACAAAAAAUAUGAAAUGGCAACAUUAUAACGUUGGCUUAUGAUUGAUUAAGGUCAGUGUUGCCACUAGAAGAUAAAUAAAUAGAUAAUAAAACUGCAUCUCAGUGCGAAAUCAUUUUAUAGCUUUAUUAAAAUAACUCUUUAGAUUUAUUGGUAAAUUAAAAUAAAUAUUUAAAUAAAUAAAAUUAACUGUACGCACAGCAGCUUUUGUAUUGUAAAAUUGUUUUGAUAGAAUGAUGGCAAGUUAAUAGAGAUUAUUAUUUAUUAUCUUUAUUAUUAUUUUAAAUUUUAAAUAUAUUUAGAACAACGCGAGCUAAUUGGCAGCUUAUUAACGGUCCUUUUUGAGCUUAAAGGUGGAAGAAAUUGUGAUACAGCUAUCUCUUUCGCUCCCGUUGCAACUCUGUAUUAACUUGUCAAACAAUAAAGUAUUAUUAUACCAAAUAUUAUUUAUUUUCCCGCACAAAUUACAGUGUGAGUCAUGUGUAUAGUUUCUGUAUUUCGUCUAUUGUAUACUUGAAUAAAAAUGAGUUUAUAA